GCCCACCUAUCUGUGAGGUGCUUCAUCACUGCAGUGGAAGCGAGGAGGAAGAAAGGUGGACUCCUUUUCUCAAGCACUUGUGCUCGCCUGUACCAGAAUCACUCAGAAUGCUUCCCGGGUGUAUAUUCUUGAUGAUUUUACUCAUUCCUCAGGUUAAAGAAAAGUUCAUCCUUGGAGUAGAGGGUCAACAACUGGUUCAUCCUAAAAAGCUUCCUCUGAUACAGAAGCGAGAUACUGGACACACCCAUGAUGAUGAUAUACUGAAAACGUAUGAAGAAGAAUUGUUGUAUGAAAUAAAACUAAAUAGAAAAACUUUAGUCCUUCAUCUUCUAAGAUCCAGGGAGUUCCUGGGCUCAAAUUACAGUGAAACAUUCUACUCCAUGAAAGGAGAAGCGUUCACCAGGCAUCCUCAGAUCAUGGAUCACUGUUUUUACCAAGGAUCCAUAGUACAUGAAUAUGAUUCAGCUGCCAGUAUCAGUACGUGUAAUGGUCUAAGGGGAUUCUUCAGAAUAAGUGACCAAAGAUACCUCAUUGAACCAGUGAAAUACUCAGAUGAGGGAGAACAUUUGGUGUUCAGAUAUAACCUGAGGGUGCCGUAUGUUGCCAAUUAUUCCUGUACAGAGCUUAAUUUUACCAGAAAAACUGUUUCAGGGGAUAAUGAAUCUGAAGAAGACUCCAAAAUGAAAGAAAUCCAUGAUGAAAAGUAUGUUGAAUUGUUCAUUGUUGCUGAUGAUACUGUGUAUCGCAGAAAUGGUCUGCAUAAACUAAGGAACCGAAUUUGGGGAAUGGUCAAUUUUGUCAACAUGAUUUAUAAAACCUUAAACAUCCAUGUGACGUUGGUUGGCAUUGAAAUAUGGACACAUGAAGAUAAAAUAGAACUAUAUUCAAAUAUAGAAACUACCUUAUUGCAUUUUUCAUUUUGGCAAGAAAAGAUCCUUAAAACAAGGAAGGAUUUUGAUCAUGUUGUAUUACUCAGUGGGAAGUGGCUCUACUCACAUGUGCAAGGAAUUUCUUAUCCAGGGGGUAUGUGCCUGCCCUAUUAUUCCACCAGUAUCAUUAAGGAUCUUUUACCUGACACAAACAUAAUUGCAAACAGAAUGGCACAUCAACUAGCGCAUAACCUUGGGAUGCAGCAUGACGAGUUCCCAUGCACCUGUCCUUCAGGAAAAUGCGUGAUGGACAGUGAUGGAAGCAUUCCUGCACUGAAAUUCAGUAAAUGCAGCCAAAACCAAUACCACCAGUACUUGAAGGAUUAUAAGCCAACAUGCAUGCUCAACAUUCCAUUUCUUUACAAUUUUGAUGAUUUCCAAUUUUGUGGAAACAAGAAGUUGGAUGAGGGUGAAGAGUGUGACUGUGGCCCUGCUCAGGAGUGUACUAAUCCUUGCUGUGAUGCACACACAUGUAUACUGAAGCCAGGAUUUACUUGUGCAGAAGGAGAAUGCUGUGAAUCUUGUCAGAUAAAAAAAGCAGGGUCCAUAUGCAGACCGGCGAAAGAUGAAUGUGAUUUUCCUGAGAUGUGCACUGGCCACUUGCCUGCAUGUCCUAAGGACCAGUUCAGAGUCAAUGGAUUUCCUUGCAAGAACUCAGAAGGCUACUGUUUCAUGGGGAAAUGUCCAACUCGUGAGGAUCAGUGCUCUGAACUAUUUGAUGAUGAGGCAAUAGAGAGUCAGGAUAUCUGCUACAAGAUGAAUACAAAAGGAAAUAAAUUUGGAUACUGCAAAAACAAGGAAAACAGAUUUCUUCCCUGUGAGGAGAAAGAUGUCAGAUGUGGAAAGAUCUACUGCACUGGAGGGGAGCUUUCCUCUCUCCUUGGAGAAGACAAGACCUAUCACCUUAAGGAUCCCCUGCAGAAUGCUACUGUCAAAUGCAAAACCAUUUUUUUAUACCAUGAUUCUACAGACAUUGGCCUGGUGGCGUCAGGAACCAAAUGUGGAGAUGGAAUGGUGUGCAACAAUGGUGAAUGUCUAAACACGGAAAAGGUCUAUAUCUCAACCAAUUGCCCCUCUCAGUGCCAUGAAAAUCCUGUGGAUGGCCAUGGACUCCAGUGCCACUGUGAGGAAGGACAGCCACCUGUAGCCUGUGAAGAAACCUUAAAUGUUACCAAUAUCACCAUCUUGGUUGUUGUGCUUGUCCUGGUUAUUGUCGGUAUCGGAGUUCUCAUACUAUUAGUUCGUUACCGAAAAUGUGUCAAGUUGAAGCAAGUUCAGAGCCCACCUAUAGAAACCCUGGGAGUGGAGAACAAAGGAUACUUUGGUGAUGAGCAGCAGAUAAGGACUGAGCCAAUCCUGCCAGAAAUUCAUUUCCUAAAUAAACCUGCAAGUAAAGAUUCAAGAGGAACCGCAGAUCCCAAUCUAAAUGCCAAGUGAGCUUGAAGUUGGAUAUCCAAAAUGGCUGUGCAAGCUUAGGCUGGAGAUUCUGGAUGCAACAUCUUUACAACCUCACCUAGAUAUCUGCUACGCAAUUUUUUGGUAGUUUUUCAAAUGUUCUUUAUCCAGACAGAAAAUGUUUAAGAGAAACAACUUCUUUCUGUUAAUAUUUACCAGUAGAAUUCACACCCUCUAUCAUAAACAUAUGCUGCAGAAAAAAA